AUGGAAAAGAACAUCUGCUAUCGGCAACGAAGGAGGAAAGAAGUCGUAUGCGACGACUACAUACUCGAGGAUUCCUUGUCUCUUGAAGAAGGUGGAGAUAUUGGUGUAAAACUAGGCGACAUCGAAGGACUUGAUGGCACAAUCUCGAUCAAACCGCGCCUUGCGGACGUGUUUAAUAAACAGAAAUCAAGCGUGGAUUAA